ACAUAGGUGAGAUAUUCAAAUACACGCCAAAUGUCUUUCUAAUCAACGCUCUAACAAAAGACAUAAUUAUGGACGAAUAUACUGGCAGUAUAAUUUAUCAUGUUUAUGUCUUUUAUCAGAGGCUUAAAGAAAAUCGUACAUAUACCCAACCUGUGAUUGUCUUCUAAUCAUUCAUUUCAAAAGACAUUAAUCGAUAUUGCAUCUCUGUAGUUACGAUAUGGUACGUGAAUUCACUGUACGUGGCUCUGAGAACACUUAAAUUAAUAAAACUUGGUUAAUUAAACAUUAUCUUAUUAUAAGAAAUCUUAAAUUAGAGGUUUCGAGUACCCAGGUCUCAAACCUUGAAAAGGAACAUUAUUAUCAAGGGCUCGCAGGGCAAGGAAGAUUUAUUGUUAUCAUAAAUAUUUGCAGUGUGGUGACGUGAUAAUAAAGAUAAACGGAGAAGACAUGGCCAGGUGGACCCACGAAGAGAUGCUGGAGGAACUCUACCACGCCCAAAACACCCUGACUCUCACCCUUAUCACCUACCAACACCAGCAGACUAAAUACCUCCUCUUUCUGGACCUGUCACCCGGUGAUAUCAUUAAUAUCUGGGCACUUAAUAACUUGGUGUCACUCCACAUUUGUGAGACUAAAAUGAAGAACGGGGUCGUGGAUCUGAGAGGGAUAACGUGUAAAGGAGUUUUACAAGAACUAGCGGUUACUAAGAGCGAGCUGGAUACCAUCAAUGGUAUCAUGGGGUUGGAGCAGUUCACUAAACUGAAGCGGCUCAAUUUAACUCACAACAGACUGUGUUCUCUAGACGAGGACGUGAUGAUGAAACUGAGCUCGUUAGAGGAACUCAGACUUGGGAACAACAAUCUGGACAAGUUCCCCCUGGUCCUGACGGAUAUGAUCACACUCAGAGACCUCUCCUUGGUGUACAAUCUUAUCAGUAGCAUCCCGGAACAGGUCCUCAAGAUGAGAAGUCUGGAGAAUCUUCAUCUGGAUAACAAUUAUCUUUCUGAGAUGCCAGAUUUUGUGACCCAACAGCUGCCGUCUUUGAGAAGUCUGACCUUUUCCAGUAAUCACCUCUCCUGGGACGAGGAUUAUGUUCGGGAAUGUUUUCACCUCAAUCUCAUCGACUUCUCUGGAAAUGGGACUAGAGCGAAGACUGGGUUGGACAAUUUUGGGGUAAUCAGUAGCAGGGCUACUCUCAGAAGAAAGGGGAGGAAUUUAUUGAAGGAACCGUCUUUAUUGAAGAUGGCAUUGGCUCGCUCUGCGUGA